CACCAGUGCACAUCUUGUUUGCUGUUGUUCUAGCCCUUGUAGAUUCGAACCAGCUUGAUAUAUAGUGAUAUAUACUAUCCAGUCAGGCGUAGUCCAUCAGUGGCAAAUUAACUGUAACGCCAUCAGAUUCAACGAGCGCAUGGCCGGGGCGAUGCCUGGAUGGAUGGGUACCAUGAUGUUCAUCAGAGACUUUCUUUUUUCGAUCCGGGGAGUGGUAGCCCUCAGCUUCAUUGCUCAUGUCGUCCUCGUCUUGUUCGCCGGAGUUCGCCGCCGCCAAGCGACCGGUGGGGCGACAUUCCUCCUGUGGGUGGCAAACGAGGGUGCCCGUUGGGCCCCGACCGCCGCGCUGGGCAUAAUAACCAUCGGCAGCACGGUCCAGGAGAGACAGCAGGCGACGCUCUGGGCGGCGUUCAUGCUGCUGCAUGCUGCCAGGCCGGACAACAUCGCCGCCUACGCCUUGGAAGACAGCGUCCUCUCGCUGCGACAGAAGGUAGAUGUGAUUGCUCAGGUGUUUGUGUUGGAGUUGUUCUAAAUUCACUUCAAGAUAUUGGCCGGGCUUCUGACGAAGCGGAGCGGAGGCCUAAGCCGGAGGCUUGGGCCGGAGCUAGGGUUUCGUGGAGACUUGAUUCUCUUGUAAGCCGCCAUAGGCGUGUAACCCAAAACUCUUGAGAUAGUGAGAUUGUUGCUGGCUGGUGCUCGUGGUUUUUUCCCCUUUCGCAUUAAAGGGGUUUUCCACGUUAAAUCGUGUGUCUCCGCUGUGAUUGUUUUUCGUUUACUUCAUAUUUCUAUACGUCGUUCAUAACAGUUUGGACCCGUGUCGCCUGCCUAUAUCCUGUACCUGAAUAUGUUCGCCAUGCCUGGCGACUCCAUGCUCUGGAUUUCCUCCUUU